GGGUGUGGGAGAAACAUGAUGAAGAAGUUUCUCUAAAUUGUUCCGCAUCGAUCUAAUGCUCCUUGUCUUCCACCAUAAAGCAUCGAUAACACUCAUCUUGCCCCAUCUGGAUAUUAAAAUUUUUAUAAGCAGGGGGUGACAGAAGCAGAUCUCAGGUGACCAGGAAAUAAAGUGUGUUUCUCCGGCCAUGGCCCGGCGUAUAUCGCCUGCUGUCGCUUUUCUGUUUUGUUUUGGAUUAUCGCAUGUGUUUGAGGUGGAAGGAAGAUUUCAACCCUCUGUGGCCCUCCACAGGCAAAAGAGAGAAUGGAUCAUCCCUCCCCAAAUCCUAGAGGAGAAUGUAGAUUACACCAAGAAAGAAUUCAUUGCAAAAAUUCGCUCAGAUAAGGAUGACUUCCAAGGGAAGAAUGUGAGGUACUCACUAAAGGGCGUUGGAGCAGACCGGGAGCCAUUCAAUUUAUUUGUGGUGAAUCCUGAAACUGGAUAUGUGAGAAUAACAGGGAUCCUUGACAGAGAGCACAUCCAACAAUACAAUCUUUCAGGAAUAGCCACUUUUUCAGAUGGUACAGUUGCAGAGAAUGAAAUUGGUCUAAGGAUAAAGGUGAAGGAUCAGAAUGAUAGUCCUCCAGUUUUUGGUCCAGUGGUCAUUGGUUCUGUAGAUGAGCUUAGCCCUCAAGGUACACAAGUGAUGACGAUUGAUUGCUCUGAUGCUGAUGAGCCAGGAAACCCCAACUCUCAAAUCAAGUAUGAGAUUCUUGGCCAGCAACCAGAAGGGCAACAAAUGUUUACAGUUGACAGUAAAGGGAUAGUCCGUGUUAACAGUGCUAACCUGGAUAGAGAGAAAGUUGAUCAGUAUAUUGUGAUAGUCAAAGCCUCUGACCUAAAUGGAGCUCCAGGUGGCAAUGUUGCCACAGGGACAGUCACAAUCAAGAUCAAUGACGUCAACGAUAACGUGCCUACAUUGGAAGGCCCUUUUGAUGGCAGUAUUGAAGAGAACACACAGAAUGUGGAGGUGAUGAGAUUUAAAGCAACUGAUUUUGAUCUUCAGGACACAGACAACUGGGUGUCAAAGUGCAAUAUUGUUUCAGGCAAUGAGGCAGGAUACUUCAGCAUUCACACUGACCCCAAGACCAAUGAGGUCAUCCUGAUGCUUGACAAGCCUGUAGACUAUGAGGAUAUAAAAGACUUAAACCUUGGCAUCAGUGUAGAAAACAAAGCACCAUUUCACUCAUCUGUGACUGGAGGACAACAAGGAAUAAACGUGAACCUUGGGGGCGGUGGUGGUGGAGGAGGAGGAGGAGGAGGAGGAGGAGGAGGAGGAGGAGGAGGUGGUGGUGGAUCAUUUACAUGGUUGUCAGGCAUUCCGAUCUACAGUGUGAACGUAAAGGUGAAAAACCAGCCAGAGGGACCCAAGUUCAUUCCCCAAACAAAGGCCAUCCCCAUCUCAGAGGAUGGUAAGACAUUUAACAAGAAAAAUAUCAUCGCAACGUACCCGGCCACUGAUACAGACACUGGAAAGGAAGCUACGAAUGUACGGUAUGCUAAAGGAUAUGACCCAGAUAACUGGCUGACCAUUGAUGAUAAGACUGGUGCCAUUAGACUGAACAAAGUUCCUGACCGCGAGUCUAAGUAUCUAGUCAACGGAACUUACAUUGCCAAGAUUUUCGGCAUAACUAAUGAUAUGCCUUCUAAGACGGCAACAGGCACUAUUGCCAUCCAAGUAGAGGAUUUUAAUGACCACUGCCCCACUUUGUCAAGCGAAGUCCAGACUCUGUGCACUGACAAGGACGCUGUCUUUGUAACUGCAGUGGAUGAAGAUGCCCCACCCAAUGGAGCUCCAUUCACAUUCAGUGUCCCAGAAGAUACUAAGGGAAAGUGGACAGUUGAGCAUUUCAAUGAUACCACUGCUAUCUUUAGGGCCCACGAAAAGCUGUGGCCUGGACAAUACGAGCUUACAGUGGAGGUGAAGGACCAGCAAGGGCUUGCAUGUCCAGAAAAACAGAAGCUGCCAGUGGAAGUGUGUACCUGUACAGGCCAGGGUGCUUGUUCCAGAACAGGAACAAAUGGAGCUAGGAAGAGCUCCAGGUUUGGACCUGCUGGAAUUGGCCUGCUCUUUCUGGGACUUCUUGCGCUGUUGCUCAUCCCGCUUCUUCUGCUGCUCUGUCAGUGUGGAGCAGCUGGAAUGGUAGGAGCAUUCACAGAGAUGCCCUUUGACACUAAAGAGCAUCUCAUCUCUUACCAUACCGAGGGCCAGGGAGAGGACAGGGACGUUCCAUUGCUUGCCCCUGCAGCUGAGGUUGAUGGACGGAAUGGCUAUAAGAUAAAAGAGGGUGCAAGUGCUGUGCCGGGUGGUGGAUCCAUGAAUGGUGGUGGUUUUAUGUUUGGUGGAGCAUCGGGCUUCCGGGAGUCCUCUUACACAAUGGCUGGCCAUAGCUACAAUGAAAUGGAAAUGAACAAUAUGGAAUUGAUCAGGAAUGGUACCCUUGUGUCAAGAGAAAUGGGUGGCGAUUUUGAUGGGAUGGCCAUAGCUGAUGUGUUCUUGGAUGAAUACUAUUCACAGAAAAGCCGGGGAAUGGAUGAUGGAUUUGCUAAGAAUGAUGCUCUGGUCUAUGAUUAUGAGGGAAAGGGCUCUCCUGUUGGCUCUGUUGGCUGCUGCAGCUUGCUCGAAGAUAACAAUGACUUAGAGUUUCUCAAUGACCUUGGGCCAAAGUUCAACACUCUUGCUAAAAUAUGUGGAGGUAAAAAGGUGACAACUGUGGAAUCUGCUCCUCUUCCUCCCCCUCCAAAACCUGUUGUGGAGGUGAUGACUACAUCGACCAGUGGGAAUUUCUCCACUAACAGAGUUGUUUCUUCAAACACAGUGAAUAUGGCUGCAAAUGUUGCUUCAUCAUCAUCUACUCAUGUAGAGAACGUGCUUAUCACAGAAAGCCGCCCUGCAAUGACUGCCAGUGUGCAGCCAGCUCAAACACUCCUUGUUCAACAGCAGCCAAUGUACUACAUGAUUGAGCCACAGCACAGCACUGUAGUCCUAGCUGAAGGGCCAACCAUGGGACUCGGACAGAGCAUGUAUGUGCUAAACAAUGGCAACAUAGCAGCGAAUACCCUGAAUCGGGGUGAGAGAAUGGUGGUUCUAGACAGGGUUGGAUCUACUCAAGCUCUCAACCCUGGGGUGGUGCAUACAAGUAAUUUGUCUGGAUCUCAAGUGGUGAUGGUGGAUGGGGGUUCACAGAGCAGUCAAGUCCUUCAAGGGACAUUUCAGAGAGGGAUCGUGGGAUCUCAGGGCCUCAUGGUCAUGGAAGGACAAGGGGGCCAGGUGAUUCAGGGGUCCCUUAGAAGAGGUGUAUCCACUCAUGGAGGAUCUCAAGGUGUCCUUUAUGUAGAGAAUAAAGGAGGAUCUGGAGUUGUCCAGGUAUCUCCUCAGAAGGGUCUGGCCUCUACUGCAGGGUUAAUUCAUGGUAACAUUGGGUCAAGUGGAGCAUCUGUCCAACUUAACCAAAAUGCAUCACAAAAAGUUGUUGUCCAAGAGAGAAAAGUUGUAACAUCGCAAAGUAUCAAGUAACAACACAACACUAGUACAGUUGUAAAAGUGUUACAGAGAUUUGAAAAUUAUAAAUCAAGUCUUUUGAAAAACAAUUAUCUUCAAAAUGUUAAUUGUAUUACUAAUAUUUGAGCUCAUGCAUGCAAAUAGUUAGAGCAUUUUCUUGUCAACACAUGUUAGGUUAUGGUGAAUACGCAAAUCGAUGCUUGCAAAACUGGAUUCCGAUGCCCUUGAGCAUUCCUCACUGUAUGAGUAGUUCAUAUGUCCUAUAUAUGAUAUCCAUAUAUAUAUGGGGAUGUUGUUUUUUGCAUAUAGGUUGUAUGUGAGUGUGUGCGUUCAGUACUGUUAUUUACAGGCAAUAUCUCCAACAGUUACAGUAGCCCUAAGGCUGUUCCAGUGAAGUUUAUGCAAACUCAGUAAUCUCAAAAUCUAUUUUAGUAAUAAGCAUACAUGAGGAUAGCUUAUUAAGUGCAUUAAUAUAAGCAGAAAUCAAGUCAGAUGCUUUAUAGUAUCCAGAAAAUGUGUGAUAAAUGAAGAUUCAUAAAUCUUUUUUUUGGUAAAAAAAAAAUUACAAUGUAGGUUUCGGCAAGGCAUUAUACUUUCUAAAAAGCAUAUGGCUUACAUUUUUAUAUUGUAAGACUUAAUUUGUUUCCUUUUGUUUUGUUCCACUGUGCGCAACACUUGUAAGACAUUUUAAGAAUAGGUCUGUUUGGAAGCUUGUGGUAUUCUUUUGCACUGCUGUUGCCUUUAAUUAAAUACACAGACCAAACUCACAUUCUAAGCAAUAAUGCUGAUAAGUAUGAAAUAAGUUCUAAAUUCUUUAGAGAUGUGGUGUUGGGCUGAAAGAUAACUUUUGUAUUGACAGCUGUUCUUGUUUGAUAAUAAUGGUUAUUUUUCAUUUAUUUGUUUGUUAAAGGGGGUGGCGGGGUUCCAGCUUUAACAGAAAUGGACUCAUUAGCUGCAAGUACGGCAUCACUUUUGAAUGUGAAAUAUAAGAAGCUUUUUCAGGAGUCUUACUUUUUGUAACCACUUCAUUUAAUUUGUUGUGCACAUUCACAAAAAUAAACAUAUAUUUUCUACUAAAAUUAUUGAAAUAUAUUGUAAGGCAGCAUAAGACUGUUCAAUGUUCAUUUUUGUAAAUGUUUCAUAUGCUUCACUUGUGGGAAAAAAAAUCUAAUAGACAAUAAAGUUUUUUUUUUAAAUCA